ACCAUAAAAUACUUGGUAGCACUCUAGCAGCAGCGACCAAGAAGAAGAAAAAUACUAGUACUGGCUUGGUAUUCUUCUCCCAUCUCACCCUCUCUCUUGUUCCUGGAGUAGUUGUCCCUGGGAGCUAGAAAAGGCCCCGCCUUUUGGCUCCUUCUUGCGACCUGCUCCGAGGAAGCGAGCGACUCAGCGAGAGCGAGAGAGAUGGCGCGCGUGGAGAAGGUUGGCUGCUCCGGCGAAGAGGGUCUGGUGGAGGUUGUGGUCGGCGUGGACGGCAAGGGGGCGAUAGAGUGCCGGAUAUGCCAGGAGGAGGGGGAGGAAGAAGCCAUGGACUCCCCCUGCGCCUGCACUGGCACGCUCAAGUUCGCCCACAGGAAAUGCAUACAGAGAUGGUGCAACAAGAAGGGGAACAUUACAUGCGAAAUCUGCAACCAGGUUUACUCCCCCAACUAUAUCCUCCCUCCAACCAAAUGUUGUUCAGAUGAAAUGAGCAUGGAUCUAAGGCAAAGCUGGGUUGGAAGAAUCGAUCCCCACGAAUCCCAUUUCCUAGCGAUUGCCAUCGCCGAGCAGCAGCUGUUGCACGCUGAAUUUGAUGACUGUGUGUCCUCAAACUCGAGCGGUGCCACAUGCUGCCGGACUAUUGCUCUAAUUUUGAUGUUCCUCCUGCUUGUGCGUCAUGUAAUAGUGAUUGUGCGAGAUGUUAGCAUGCUACAAGACGCAACGGUAUUGUUCAGCGCGACUCUUCAGUUUGCGGGAUUCUUUCUUCCAUGUUAUGUCAUAGCACGCUCUUGCUAUACUUAUCAACAUCGGAGGCGAAGACAGGUGUAGGGGAUUACCUGAACCUGGAACCAAAACCGCGGCGCUCAAAUCAAACCUGUCCUGUGUCAAUCUCGGCACUAGAUUCAGUUACCCACCAAGAGAGAAAGAUGAAGCUUGCGAAGCGAAGCUUCCCUCGGCUUCUGCGGAUCUUAUGGAGGAAAAUGUAGGCAAAAUUAGAUGGAUUGUGGAUGGAGUAGCUACAACAGCACCCACCCGUCAAGCUCAACUGUACAUAUGAGAGCAAUUUACAAGCUACAGAUGCAAGUUGAUGAGUACAUUUCCCUUCUUAA